CGUAUUUUUCUCUCUUCUAUCUAUCUUUCUAUCUAUCUUACAAUUUGGAUUUGAAACAGCAACACUCUCUAUCCUUUGUGUGUUGCUGUUGUUGAAUUCAAAGAGAAGAUGACAGUGGGAGCAGGAAUAAGUGUUGCAGAUGGGAACUUGAUGGUGUUGGGGAAGAAGGUGAUGAGCCAUGUGAAUGACAAUGUUCUUGUGACUCCAGCAUCAUCUGAUGGUGCCCUUCUCAAUGCUGCAUUCAUUGGUGUUCAUUCCCAUCAUAAGGGUAGCCGUAUAAUCUUCCCAAUUGGGAAGCUUGAGGGUUUGAGGUUUAUGUGUUUGUUCCGGUUCAAGAUGUGGUGGAUGACACAGAGAAUGGGGACAUUUGGAAAAGAUGUUCCAAUUGAGACACAGUUCUUGUUGAUUGAGACACAUAAUGGUUCUGAAGACCAAUCUUCCUAUGCAGUUCUCUUACCACUCUUGGAAGGUGACUUUAGAGCAAGUCUUCAGGGGAAUCAUCAGAAUGAGAUUGAAGUUUGUGUUGAAAGUGGGUGUCCUUCUGUGGAGGAAUUUGAUGGGACUCAUCUUGUGUUCAUUGGUGCCGGAUUAGACCCUUAUGAAGUCAUAACCAAUGCUGUCAAGACUGUUGAGAAACACAUGCAGACAUUUUCUCAUAGGGAGAGAAAGAAGAUGCCAGAUAUAUUGAACUGGUUUGGAUGGUGUACAUGGGAUGCUUUCUAUACCAAUGUCACAUCAGAUGGUGUAAAGCAAGGAUUAGAGAGCUUUAAGAAAGGUGGGAUUCCUGCUAAGUUUGUUAUAAUUGAUGAUGGAUGGCAAUCUGUUGGAAUGGAUGCUAAUGGUAUUGAAUGGAAAGCUGAUAAUUGUGCAAACUUUGCGAAUCGAUUGACAAAUAUCAAAGAGAAUCAUAAAUUCCAAAGGGAUGGAAAACAAGGCCAAAGGGUAGAGGAUCCAAAAUUAGGACUAAGUCACAUAACCAAUGAAAUCAAACAAGAACAUGGCUUGAAGCAUAUAUAUGUGUGGCAUGCAAUUACUGGAUACUGGGGUGGGGUUAAGCCUGGUGUUUCUGGCAUGGACCACUAUGAAUCAGCAAUGGCCUACCCUGUUUCGUCGCCUGGAGUUGAGUCGAAUCAACCGGAUGAAGCCUUAGCAACUAUAGCCAUCAAUGGACUAGGCCUUGUGAAUCCUGAGAAAGUUUUUAGCUUCUAUGAUGAACUCCAUUCUUACCUUGCUUCUGCUGGCAUUGAUGGUGUCAAGGUUGAUGUCCAGAACAUUCUUGAAACACUUGGUGCUGGCCAUGGUGGCAGGGUGAAGCUUGCAAGGAAGUACCAACAAGCAUUAGAGGCAUCAAUCUCUAGGAACUUCCCUGAUAAUGGAAUCAUUUGUUGCAUGAGUCACAACACAGAUGGGUUAUAUAGCGCGAAGCAUUCGGCUGUUAUUCGAGCUUCGGAUGAUUUCUGGCCUAGAGACCCUGCAUCACACACCAUUCACAUUGCAUCUGUUGCUUACAACACAAUUUUCCUUGGUGAAUUUAUGCAGCCAGAUUGGGACAUGUUUCAAAGCUUACAUCCAAUGGCUGAAUAUCACGGCGCGGCUCGAGCAGUUGGAGGAUGUCCUAUAUAUGUCAGUGACAAGCCAGGACACCAUGACUUUAAUCUUUUGAAGAAAAUUGCACUUCCUGAUGGUUCUAUAUUGAGGGCUAAACUUCCUGGUAGACCAACUAAGGAUUGUUUAUUUGUUGAUCCUGCUAGAGAUGGAAAAAGUCUUCUCAAGAUUUGGAACCUGAAUGAUUUUUCUGGAGUUGUUGGGGUAUUCAACUGCCAAGGCGCCGGGUGGUGCAAAGUUGGAAAGAAGAACCUCAUCCACGACGAAAAUCCGGGGACAGUUUCCGGCGUGAUUAGGGCUAAAGAUGUUGAUCAUUUAUCCAAUGUCACUGAUGAAAAUUGGAAUGGAGACACUAUUGUAUUCUCCCAUCUUGGUGGAGAGGUUAUUUAUCUUCCAAAUGAUGCAUCAAUUCCAAUUACAAUGAAAUCCAAAGAGUAUGAAGUAUUUACAAUUGUUCCUGUGAAGGCAUUGGAAAAUGGUGUCAAGUUUGCUCCUAUUGGUUUGAUCAAGAUGUUCAACUCAGGAGGUGCAAUCAAAGAAUUAAACUAUGAAUCCAAUGAAACAAGCACAAAUAAUGUUGUGAUGAAAGUAAGAGGGUGUGGCCAAUUUGGAGCAUAUUCAUUAAUUAAGCCUAAGUUGGUAACAAUUGAUUCAGAGGAAGUUGAAUUUAGAUAUGAAGAAGAUUCUGGGUUGGUCAGUGUUGAUCUGAGAGUGCCAGAGAAGGAGUUAUACCAAUGGAACAUUUCUGUUGGCUUUUGAAUCAUAGAAAAUGUUUUGUCUUAAUGAAAUAAAUUUAAUGUAAGAGCUUCUAUAAGCUACUUUUUUGUAAUAUAGAUUUAUAGAAUGCAAUAGAAAAAGAAUGGCAAGCACAGGUUACCUAUACAAAA